AUGGACCAGCCAGGGACUAGUGACAGUGAAGACUCCUUGGAGGAGGAGGAGGGACCCAGUGUGGCCAGUCCUCAGCAGACAGCAGCAAAGCAGCGGGGGGAUGAGAUUUUGGUAUUCCCUGACCUGCAGUUGAGAGAGAAUGCAGAGCCGCUUCAGCCUUCCAACUGGGAAUUCCAAAGGGUGUCAAAAAAUGAAACCUGCCGAAGUUCAAUGAACCUGCAGCACUUCCUACACUAUUCGCUUCUUCCAUCAAUUGCCAUCAUUAUUGUGCUGUCAUGGCUUGAGAAAAGACAUAGAAGAAAGCCCAUGGAUGAACAGCAGCCCCUUCUCAGGAGACAGUGUGGGAUUGUGAUACCAUUGGAUUUUGUAGGGGGAUACCACAAUCGGUGGUCAAUGGCCUUUGCCUUUGGAACUACAGCCAACAAGGUCAUGAUCCUGUUCUCAGAAGGAUACCUCCCUGUGCAAGUGCCCUCGUGGGCUCGAGCUUUUGUGAUUCUAGUCUGUGCCAUGGAAGUUGGCCUUUCUUCCUACCCGUUCUUUGCCUGCCUUUCAACACAGUUCCAGAUCACAGGAGCCAUGCUUGGAUUCCUUUAUACAGUGUCUUGGUUUACAAUCAUAGCGUUGAACACUGCACAGUGCCCACAUGGACAAGUAAUGGGGGAAUAUGAAGAUGUCAUUUUUUACUGGCCUUCCUUGCUCUGCCUGGUUUUCCUGCUGGGCAGAUUUAUCCAUAUAUUGGUGAAAGCGUCAUGGGUGUGUCUCCGAUUGGGUCUUCCAAGUGAGGAGAUGCCAUUCCUAGAGAUUCAUCAGGUUCGUUACGUCCAGCAACUGAUGAGGAAGCCUCCAAAGCUGCAGCCUCUGAAACCCUGGAUUCAGCGGAAAGUGUACAUAUGGGACCCUUACUUUCGGUUCCCCAGCAGAAUGAUCUGCAUGGCUGGGUUGGCCAUAAUCUGCCUCUACAUGUUUGUCGUUCUAGAGUUUUAUGUUAAGAAACAGAUGUUGAGCGCUCUCGAGGAGAGUUUCGAGAUGCUGGAAGCUGCCAGAAAUACAUCAGAAGCACUCGCAUCACCUGUCCAAUAUUUGAAAGAGUUUAUUGAUGUUGUAGAAGAUGUCUGGAUUGUCAGCACUGUCACUGCUUGCCUCACCAGUGUCAGCUACGUGCUCCACAUCUUGGCUUGUUACAGAAAACACAUGAAGCGUUUGUGGGCAGGGAAGAAGCAAUUCCUUCCGUUGAGUUCUUGCAAAAUUUCUCACAGCGCGGCAGCUAUAGCAAGAUACUCGGGCUCGCAAAUUGCAUACCUUUUAUGGGGGUACCUGAUCGUCCACAUUGUACAGUUCCUUUUUGGAGUGAUCCUCGUGUACAGUUUUGUUUUGCCCAUAAAACACGGCCAAGGGAUAGAAGUGGUGAAAACCUUGGGAACUGGGAUCCUCACAAUUGGCAUUGUGGUAGGCCUCAUGGUGCUGCAAAUUGUGGUGGCCACAAGGUUCUUUCUUCAGCCGAAGAUUUUCUUGGACGACAAGGAAAAGCCGUUGGCUCUCGACAACAGGAAAGCAUUCCAUAAUUUCAACUACUUCUUUUUCUUCUACAAUGUGUUGCUGGGCCUGAGUGCCUGCCUAUUCAGGCUGUUGUGCAGUGUGGUUGUGGGAACUUGGCUGAUUGCUCGCAUAGACAGGACGAUCAUGCCCAGAGGCUAUGAAGCAGCCGAUAUGGGAUUCAAGACCUGGAUUGGAAUGCUCCUGAUGGAUCACUAUCACACCAAUCCCAGCCUGGUCUGUUUUUGCUAUAUCCUUGUGGCCCAAAUCAGAGUGAGACAUCAACAGAAAGCCACAAGUUACCACUGCUUCAAUAAUGACACAGAUUUUAGGGUGUCAAAGAAGGCCAAGAUAAGAUGGCAGCUACUGUACACACUCCUAAACAAUCCCAGCCUCUCAACAUUCAGGAAGCCGAAAUGAUGGACAAACGGUAUGGAUGUUAUUCUGGGGCAGGGGAAUUGAAACCAGAUUCCUCCAGACCACAUUACCGCAUCCUCAAGAUUCA